GUAUUUCAGCGCGGACACUUGGAGGCGCCCACAAGCUGUCCUGUGACAAUUGAUGGAGAUUUGGAGAAGAUGGACUUUGAUAAAGCCACAACCACACAAUGAGUAAUGAAUUCUUUUGUUUUCUAAGGUCGUUGUAUGUCUGAUCCAGAUCUGCCGCUGCGGACUUGCUAUCUAACUAAAGGGACAAUGGCAGCGGUAACGAGUCCGGAAACGACACCUCAACCCCGGGUCUACUUUCAAACGCCUCCCGGUACCGAAGAAGAAGUGCCACAGAAGCAAGGGCGAGUGACCGUGAAAUAUGACAGGAAAGAAUUAAGGAGGAGGCUGAAUCUGGAAGAAUGGAUAGUUAGCCAGUUAAUGAAUCUGUAUGACUGCGAGGAGGAUGAGGUCCCCGAGCUGGAAAUAGAUGUGGAUGAGCUGCUGGAUCUGCCCAGCGAUGUCGAGAGAGCCAUUCGAGUGAAGAUGCUGCUGGUCGACUGUUACAAACCUAAUGAUGAUUUUGUGGCGGCGCUGCUGGAGAAAGUUCGAGGCAUGCAGAAACUCAGCACUCCCCAGAAGAAAGGUGAGCUGACGCCAUGAGGUCACAACAGCUCCCCUCCCACCACCACAAAACAAUCCUGUCACUCCAAACCCAGAGGAGAAAUGCAGGCAUGCAGACCCAACCACUAUACCACAGUGUCUGUCAAACGGAGCUUAUCGAUAGGAGUCCAGCCAAGCCAAUGUCAGCUGCAGGUUGAAAACCCCAACUGUUUUACUUUGUCUUAGUACUGUCUCAGCAUAUAUUACAUGUAGAGAGUGUGGUAGUGUCCCUUUAGCUUAAAACUUCCGUGGUGAUUUAGGGAAAGGAUUCGAAUGUUGUGGAAAUGGUUGAUGUUACGGUUACACUGUUCACUUACACACUUCCUUCAGAGCCACUUGACUUGAUGUGUCUGUAGUCAAGUAGAAAACUAGAGCAAAACUGAUUUUUCUUUGUAUGUCAGUCUCUCACUUCUGAUGUCUUUCGAUAAGGGCAAAUUUCAAAGUUUUGAGGCCAGAAGGCAUUUGUUUUAGAUGUGGGGGUAUGUGAGAUUUUAGAACAUGUUGAUGUGAAUUGGGAAGAGGGAGGGGGGGCUGAGAAAUGUGAACUGUGUGUUUUGUAAGCCAUUUUUAAUCUACCUUUUUUAGGAAAAACAAUGACAGGUCUGUGUUAGUACUACUGCUUUUAAGAAUCAUUUAAAUGAGGA